UCUUUGAAUAUUUUUGUAGUGCCCAUGGAUGCUGAAAUUUCUCUUGAGAUUGUGGAAGCUGAAUUGGCAAGGAAAAAGGCCGAGACAAGACGCAUGGCGAGGUGGCUACGCGCGAAGGAGCUCGCAGUUAAAUGGAAGAAAAAGGAAAUGAAGAGGAUUAAGAGAGUGAACAAACUAAUGUUUGCAGUAAAUAGACGCAUGGAAAAAAUGGUCGACGAUUUUCUGGUUGCGGCUGAAGCAGAGAACAACUAUCGUCAGACUAUGGGGGAAGUUAUGGAAGGCGUGAAUAAUCUCAAUCUUGAAGAAAACAAUAUUAUAUCUUCGAACCAAGUUCAAUCUUUCUGUAGCAGUGGCAGCGCUGCUAAUGGCAACAGCAACUGAGGAUGUGGCGGUGGUCACGGUGGUGGACUCCGUAAUCAUUAGGGUGAUAUGUUGUAGCUUGUUUCCAUUAAUCAAUAAGAAACUGUGACUGCCUCUGGUGGGGCCAAAUAAUAAUGGUGCAAGCAUUCAGGUUAGAGUCUUGGUGAUUUGUUGUGUUUUAAGUCAAAUUGUAGCUGCUAGCUAGCUGUGUUUGAGGAAAGGAAACUUUGUGUUGAGUUCUAAUCCUAUAAUAUUUACAUGGAAUUUACAGAAAACUUUUGGAGAAUAAUAGUUAUUCAAAA